UUUUCCCCUGCUGAGUCUCUCGUCAUCCUGCUUCACGCCCCUUGUCCUGCUCUCUGAAAUCGCUCUGAAGAAAUCGACAACAGUGAGACUUAGGGGCAUUGCAACUCCGUUGCUCGUUAGCUCCCGUAGCUUCGGUCGCCUCACCCCAAUGGCCACCUGAAUUCCUAAAUAUAUCUUCUGGUAGCGUGCCCUCUCCCGUGCGGGGAAACCAGGUAAAGAUGGUGACGCAAUUGCUAUCGCACGAGCCGGGUAGAACAGACAAACGCACAUCCGUACCAUCUCGACCGUCCAGUCCGCACACGCCGCGAUUCAACCCGUUCAGCGCAUCGAAAUCCAAACCUGCCCCCAAGUCCCCCUGCGCGGUUCCCGAUGGCUCCGCGCCCAAAUUCCUCAGCUUUCGUCGAAGCUUCUUCUCCCCGCGGUCCGCUUCUCGCCGCGUCCACAACAUUCCCGAGAUGCUAGUGUCGGCUUCCAUGGCGUACGCCACGGCGCAAGUCCAGGCGGAUAAUCAGGCGGGUUUUCCGGCGGAUAUCCCUACGGAUAUUCACGCGGGAUUACCGGCGGAAUUCCAGGCGCAUACCCAGGCGGAACGAGACGAAGCGACUGACACGUUCUUCGUGAGCCGACAGCGCGACGACAGCGUCGCGCGCGAUAGAUUCUCCCCGACUUCAAGCCUCUCCUCGUCUGCGCGGCAACCAUCAACACUGCCGCAUAACGCCAUUCCGUCCCUUAGUCUGGACCCGCUGCUGUCGAGCGCGGGGAUGCUCCCUGCGCGCAACCCGCCGCCCAAAUCCGCGCGUGACCAGGGGGGAGCUUCCGCGGAGAAGCCGAUAUUGAGUCGACGGGCGGGGGAAGGGACUGCGCGAGGAGGGGCAGCAGGGGGAGGAGCAGCGGGGAAGGGAGAGAAAGGUGCGGAAGGGCCGGUGGGCGGGCGGAAGGAGGGGGUGCUGACCGCGGAGUUCACGGCGGAAGACGCGGCGGAAGAAACGGCGGCAGUGACGAUUGCGCAGCGAGACGAGGAGACGGAUGUGGAGACGAAAGAGACGCGGCUCCGUCGAUUUCUCGAUGACUCCGUUGACUGCGUUGACUGCGUUGACUCCGUUGACUCCGUUGACGGGCCCCGGAACGAAGCGGCGGAAGUCGUACCUGCCGACGUUGCAGCUGUCGCUGCGACCCAGCGCGCGCGGAAGAAUGCGCGGAAGGCUCGGGGGAAGAAGACGGCUAAGAGGUCCACGGGGAAGAAAAAGGGCAGCGGCGCGGCUGAAAGCGCACCGCGACCGCAGCGCGACGGCGCGUUGGCGGCGGAUAUCGAGGCGCAAACUGCUGCUGACGUGGCAUCGGAACCCACUGCAACGGGGGCAUCAAGCAGCUUAUUGGCGUCGCCGCUCGCGUCGGCCGCGGAGUCCGCACCGGCGGGAAGAACCGCGGUGGCGGAAGGCAGCGCGGGGGGGAACGGCGGACAAGAAUCUUCGGACGACCACGACGUGGAGCUGGUUGCGGCGAGAGCGGCAGUCUCGGAAAACAGCGCCGUGGCGGAAAGCAGCGAGGUGGCGGAAAGCAGCGCGGUGGCGGAAAGGAGCGCGGUGGCGGAAAGCGGCGUGGUGGCGGGUAACGUGCCGCACCGCCUGAGCAGGCAAGACGCGGCUAAGUCGGACGGGGCGGAAAACAAUGCUCGGGCAAAACAUGGACGUCGUCUUACCGAGGUGGCUACUAGCGAAUUGUGUGCGGAUGACGUGGACGAGGAACUUCGCGCGUGCCUGGCGGGAAUGGCGGCGGACGAGGAGGAGGAGAUCCGAUUGGAGCUGGAGAACGGCCUGCUGGUGGGUUCGAGCGACGGGGAAGCGGGAGAGGAGGAAGAGGAAGAAAGGGAAGGAGGGAGAGAGGAGUGUGAGGUGACUUUUGAGUUGACUCAAAAGAGAGAGGAGGAGAGUGAGCUCUUUCUCACCCGAGUCGUUCCUGGAGAAACCGAAGGUGAGGGUAGCGAGUGUGACGAUAAGGAGGCGUUCCUGGAGCUGGAAAUCGACCUGGGGAAGGGAGCAGAGCCGCAGCAGCCUGCUGCUCCCGCGGAGUCGCGUUUGGUGUGCGGCGCGGCGGAUAGCGGGGAGACGGAUUGUGAUUAUGAGGAGCGGCAGGAGGAGGAGCAGGCGGGGAAGCAGCAAGCGGAGGAGCAGGGGGGGGAGCAACAGGCGGAGGAGCGGGAGCAAGCAGUGACGUACGCGGGAGUCGGCGUGGCGAAUCCGUGGAACAAGGCGGAGGAGAAAGGAGAGGCGGGGUUUCAGCUGCGCCUUUCCGCGGACUCCUCCGAGGAGGACGCGGAGUGGAUCGCGCUGCUCGAAGAAAGCAUGGCGGAGCGCGCGAGAGAGCGCCAGCGAGAGGCGGCGGAGCAGGAAGCGGCGGAACGGGAAGCGGCGGAACGGGAAGCGGCGGAACGGGAAGCGGCGGAACGUGAAGCGGUGGAACGGGAAGCGGCGGAGCUGGAAGCGGCGGAGAAGGUUGGCGGAAGACUGGACGAAGCUUGGGAAGAGGAGGCGGGCAGUGACGCGGAGAGUGCGGCGGAGGAGAUCGAAAUGAUCAGUCCCAAGGGAAGCGCGCCGAGCAACCGAAGCGGCAUGGCGAACCCGCGUAUUGUGAGCAGGGAGGGCGACGGAGGCCGCGGAACGGGGAGUGCGGCGGGAAGCGCGAAGGGGGGGAGUGUGGCGGAGGAGAGUGAAAUGGUCAGCCCCAUGGGAAGCGCGCUCGACGCGCGCAGUCCGUAUGACGUGGAGGAGGUGCAGAGUGACGUGGAAGAGGAGAGUGACGUGGAAGAGGAGAGUGACGUGGAAGAGGAGAGUGACGUGGAAGAGGAGAGUGACGUGGAAGAGGAGAAUGACGUGGACGAGGAGAGUGACGUGGACGAGGAGAGUGACGUGGACGAGGAGAGUGACGUGGACGAGGAGAGUGACGUGGACGAGGAGAGUGACGUGGACGAGGAGAGUGGCGUGGAGGAGAUUGAUAUGAUCAGCAACCCGCGGAGUGGAGGGGGGGGGAGCGAGAGACGGAGUGAGACGGAGAAGGCGGGAAGGGAGUCAAAUGAUUAUGAAGCUUAUAGCGCGUAUGAACAGGUUAAGACAGCGGGGGAGGAAGAGGAGGAGGAGAGAGAAGAGGGGGAGAGAGAGGAGGCGAGAGAAGGGGAGAGAGGGGAGGAGAGAGAAGAGGGGGAGAGAGAGGAGGUGAGAGAAGGGGAGAGGAGGGAGGAGAGAGAAGAGGGGGAGAGAGAGGAGGCGAGAGAAGGGGAGAGAGGGGAGGAUAGAGAAGGCGGGGAGAGAGAGGUGGGGGAGGAGGGAACCGGGGAAGUAGCUGUUACGUUGCCUUCGCCCUUCCCUUCGCCCAUCCCUUCGCCACACCACUCAGACGCCUCGUAUCGGUCAACUGGGUCAAAAUAUUCCGCCAAGUCAACCAGGUCAACGGGCUCCACAGGAUCAGCAGUCUCUCACAAUUCACACGCAUCUCAAGAGUCCAACAAGUCAACGCAGUCAACGGGGUCAAAGUACUCUGCCAAGUCAACGGGGUCAAAGCACUCUGCCAAGUCAACGCAGUCGACGGGGUCAAAGGCAUCAGCAGGCUCUCGGACUUCACACGCGUACCAAGCAUCCAGCAAGUCAAACCGAGCAGCUGCCGCCCAGCCCUUCCCUCCCUCCACCAGACCACUCCAAACAGCUACCAUCACUGCUGCUGCUUUAGACGGCCUGCCCUUACCGUCUGUGACGUCAGCUGACGGUUUGAUGACGUCUCCGACAUCCCCGACAUCCCAAACUGCCGCUUGCAACGAACGCUUCUCCCUGCCGGCUGCUGCCGACGUGCAGGUGUUUCAUUUUGGCAAGAGCGGCAACCUCGGGACCGAGAGAAGAGGAAGGGAGAGGAGGAGGUUCGGGGGACGGAUAGCAGCAGGUGGUAGGGCAAUGGGACGAAGUGGCUCCAGCAAAGAGGGAGCAGGAUUGGUGGUGGUUGGAGAGAUGAAGCCUAAGAGCGGCUGCAGAGGGGGAGGAGGGGAGAGGAGGAAAGGGCGGAAGAGGCAGCGCGUGCGAGGGGGGGAGGAGUCGGAUGAGAGUGAGAGUGAUGGGAGUGAGAGUGAUGGGAGUGAGAGUGGGGUGUUGCAGAGCGGUGUUGCUCUAGCUUCUGCUGCUACGCCUGCUGCUACUGCGCCUGCUGUCGCUGCGCCUCCUGCUGCUACGCUUGCUGUUGACACUAACUGGCAACAGCAGCAGCAGCAGCAGCAGCAGCAGCAGCAGCAGCAAGAGCAGAAAGGGCAGAAAGAGCAAGAGCAGGCGGAGCAAGCGGGGCAGAUGGGGCAGAUGGGGCAGCGGAGGCAGAGCGACGGGUCCAUGACGUCAUCUCCCAUUGGAAGAGGGACACGUGGCGUUAGCAGCCCGGCUCAGAAGCAGACACGUGGCAACGGCGGCAGCACACGUGGCAUGAGCAGUCCAGCAAAAAGUGGGAGCAGCAGUCCCAUGAUUAUCAAUCACAGCAGCAGUACCAGCAGCACUUACACAAAACUGGGUGGGAGCAGCACCAGCCGAAGCAGCCAGGCAGCAACUUCUGGCGACAGCAAGAGCAGCAGGGGUGUUCUUGUUGGGACUAAGGGGACAAUAAAGGGAAAUGCUGUUACAGUAACGAGCACCGAGGGCACAGUAAACGGUAAUGAGGGGGCAGUAAACAGUACAAGGCAGGUGAAGAGCAGGGAGAGGAGGAGAGGAGAUGCCGUGAGCAACAGGAGUGGUGGUGGCAGUGUGGUUGCUGCUGCUCGUUUGUGUGACCAGUAUUACAACAGUAGCUGCAGCGAGGGGGUGUACAGUGAGUCAGAGAGUGGUGACACAAACGGGAGUGGUGGCAGCAGGCGGAAUGGUGUUGGCAGUGCGCAAGUCAAGGGGGCGAGGAGCGAUGCCUUGAAUGGCCACGGAGUGAGGGGCAGUAGCAACAGGAGCAUCAGCAUCACCAGCAUCAGCAGCAUCGGCAGCAGCGUUGGUGCGAGCAGCAGCAUGGCAAAGUCACCCAUCAGUAUGGCAAAGUCACCCGGCAUCAAUGCAAUCAGCGUAAAAGAACUCAGCAGCAAGACGAGUAGCAGCAAAGCUCUUAGCAGCAAAGCAAGCAGCAGAGCAAGCAGCAGCCACACCCCAUCUGGCAGCACAGGCACCAGAAACGAGCUGCGUGCAUGCAGGAAGCUGCUGCCGCCCAAGUAUAUUCCCCAUGUGUCCACCUCUUCAGCUACAACCCCUGCUACAGACGCUGCCAUGGCCCCUGCCGCACAUGCUACAGCUCUGGCUACAGCCUCUGCUACAGUACACUCCCCAGCUCACGUUACGACGACUUCCAAGCCAUCCAUCACCACCGCUCCUAUCCCCAUCUCCACCGCUCCCAAUCCCACCCUUAGCGCUCCUAACCGCACCACUUCUAUCACGUCCCGCCAUUCCCUCUCCUCCUUCCCUCCGCCCAGUCCCCCCACGUCCUUCCCCUCCCCCGCCCUGAGUGCACACCACCUGCUCUCCGUCUUCCCCCCGCCCUCCCCUGAAGCUGCCUUGCGCUUCCUCUGCUCCCCCUCCUUCCCCCCGCCCUCCCCUGGCUGGCCCCUGCGGAAGAUCCGCGUGGUGGGGGGAAACAGGCGCCCUGUCUACUCCCCCGUGCACAGGCUCAGCAGGAAGAGCGGGGGGGGAGCAGGGGGAGGGGGAGAGAUGGGGGAAGUGGGGGGAGGAGGGGAGGGGAACGAAGGGGGCGGGGAAGGGGGAGGGUGUGGAGAGGUGGGGGGCGAGGGAGGGAGGAAGAGGAGUGGGAAGCAGCGGCGGUGGAGCAAGGUGGUGGAAGUGCCAGUGGCUGUGUUCACUCGGAACGAGUAUGACACGAGAAGGGCGAGAGGGGCAGGGACGGUAAGAAGAGCAACGCCAGCUGCAACGCCAGCAGCAGCAGCAGCAGCAGCUACAGAAACAACAAGGAGGCAGCAGGAGCCGGCGGAGUCGGGCGAAAAGGGGAGCGGAAGCGGCAAAAGAAAGCCGCAGAGUGUUCUGAAUCGUCUCCGAAUGAUUCGCUUGCGACCUCCCGUCAUCCUUCUCGCCUACUGGCGGGCCAUUCGCAACAGCACACAGCCAGCCUUCCUCUCUCGAAAGGCGAUCAAGUCAUCAUCAGAAUAAACUCUCGUGGCUGAAUGAGCCGCUUCGAACUCCUGCCAUGCCAACCCCUAAAUAAAUAACCAGGCAAUUUGAUUUGACAGUCAUACUGCUGGAGUUGCCUGGCUCAGCAGUCUUUGUUUGUUUAGCUUCUUCAGGCUCGGGUCAGGAGAGGUACUUUCCAUCGCCCAUAUAGCUUGAGGUUAUUG